AUGCAAUUCAAAUCCAUCGCUAUAUCCCUCUUCCUAGCCGUCGCCAGCGUAACGGCAUCCGACAACUCGGCCAUCUCCUACCUCUCCGAAAUAGGCAUCACGGGCGUCACCAACGGACCCACGGCGACCAAACUUGCCCACGCCCUCCAGUCCGUGUACUCAUCCUGGGAGGACGAUAAGAGCGUCAAGAGCGCCUACAGCGUCAUGCAGACCGCCGUUCCGGACAAAGUAUGGCAUUCCAUCGCGUCCAGCGGUAUCAGGGACUUCACGACCACGAACCCACCGAGCUGGUUCACGGGUCUGCCGAAGGACGUGAAGAAGGAGGUGUCUAGAGAGUUGAGUAUACUUGAAUCAGUUGAAACGAGUGUGUUGAAGAUCAAGACGAAUGCGGCACCGGAGCCUACGCCGGCGAUAGCCUUGGGAGGGGCUGCUGUUGCGGGUGUUUUGGGGGUUGUUGCCGUGCUAUAG